GGCGAAACUUGACCUGCAGCAAAGCGCGCACACACACACCUCAAACUCAAAAAAAAAAAAAAAAAAAAAAAAAAAAAAAACACACUCUCAAAGGCUCAAACUCAAAUGGUACUUUCAAAGCAAGAGGGGGAAAGGGAACACAAAAAAUACGCAAAACCAACACCUUCCACAACAACAACCAUGAUAGCCUAUCUCCAACACUUGCCCCACGGAAACGACACCGAACCCAUUCCAAACGAGGACGUUUCAGCCCUCAAAUCGGCUUUCCGCUUCGCCGCCACUUCCGCCGCCGCCAAGGACUUCGGCGGCAUGAAAUCCGCCAAGCCCUUAGCCUACAUAAAACCCUUCGCCGCGGCCGACGUCGCUCACGCGGUGAAAGAGGCGGCGCGUACUCCCCACCUCACGGUGGCGGCGCGCGGCAACGGCCACUCCAUUAACGGGCAAGCCAUGGCCGAUAAGGGACUCGUCCUCGACAUGCGCGCCAUGGAGGACCAUUUUAACCUCCUCCAUCUCGACGGGUCCCUAUACGUCGACGUUUCGGGAGGGGCAUUAUGGGAAGAAGUGCUUAAACGCUGCGUCUCGCAGUUUCGCCUCGCUCCGAGGUCGUGGACCGAUUACCUCGGUUUAACGGUUGGAGGAACGCUCUCUAACGCCGGCGUGAGCGGCCAGGCUUUCCGUUACGGCCCGCAAACGUCCAACGUAACGGAAUUGGAAGUCGUUACGGGGAAAGGCGAUGCCUUGGUCUGCUCCGAAACCCAAAAUUCUGAGCUUUUCUUUGGGGCGCUUGGUGGGCUGGGCCAGUUCGGUAUCAUAACCAGAGCCCGUGUGGUUCUUCAACAAGCCCCAGAUAUGGUGAGAUGGAUAAGGGUGGUUUACUCGGAAUUUGAGGACUACACUAGCGAUGCGGAGUGGCUGGUGAGUCUCCGAGAAGGUGACGGUUUUGACUACGUGGAAGGGUUCGUUUUUGUGAACAGUAAUGACACUUGCAACGGAUGGCCCACGGUGCCCAUGGGCUCGAACCAACGGUUCGACCCGGUUCAUGUCCCUUCCAGCGCUGGCCCGGUUCUCUAUUGCUUAGAACUUGCCUUUCACUAUCGUAACACAGACCCCCCUUCCGAUGUUAAUAUGGAGGUGGAUAGAUUGCUUGGACGGCUAGGAUUCAUUGAGGGUUUGAAGUUCGAGGUGGAUGUGACGUACAUGGAGUUCCUGCUACGUGUAAAGCGCGUGGAGGAAGAAGCAAAAGCCAACGGCAUCUGGGACGCACCUCACCCAUGGUUGAACCUGUUCGUGUCCAAGUCCAACAUCGCUGAAUUUGAUCGUGAAGUGUUCAAGAAGAUCCUCAAGCACGGCGUUGGUGGCCCCAUUCUCGUGUACCCACUAUUGCGAAGCAAGUGGGAUAGUCGACACUCGGUAGUGGUGCCGGACAGCAACAUCUUCUACAUUAUAGCAUUGCUCCGAUUUAUUCCACCACCCCCAAAGGGACCACCCACUGAACUGUUGGUGGCACAAAAUCAAAACCAUGCCAUUAUUCAGUUAUGCUACAACAGAGGCUUUGAUUUCAAGUUAUAUCUCCCUCACUACCAGUCACAGGAGAACUGGAUGCGACACUAUGGAGAUAAGUGGUCCACAUUCGUCCAGAGAAAGGCCAAUUUUGAUCCCUUGGCUAUUCUUGCACCUGGACACAAAAUUUUUUCCAGAAUCCCUCAUCAACCUUUGUCUAUCACAUAAUUAUUUUACAUUAAUAAAUUGUUUUUUCUUUUUGUUUCUCACCCAUUGUCAUCAUUUUCUCCUUUUUAUUUUUAUAUUUUUAUAUUUUUACUCCCCCAGCAACGCCGUAGCCAUGUUGUAUAUCAAUGUUUUUGGGGCGAAAUUAAUAUCAAUCUUGCUCCUUUGCGCUGUCAAUUGAGGAUUUGAUGAGUCACAUAUGCGUACAUACAUACAUAUAAAUAAUUAAAUCUAAAUUAAGCCUGUGGGAAAGG